AUGAUUAUAAGCCUAGUAUUGAUGAAUAUAUGUAAAAAGUCCGAAAAAGUUCAAAUUGGUUCAGAUAUUGAAAGUGAAGACGAUAUUAGUAGUAUUAAUUUAAUUUCACUUCCUACCGAAAUUAGUCUGGAAGAACGACCUGAUUAUCAUGAAGUUACUUGUGAUGGGUGUUCCGCCACUAAUUUCACUUCUGAUUGUUACUCCUGCUUGAAUUGUUAUGGUUAUCAUUUAUGUGCUCUCUGUUUUGAAGCGCGAAGGAAAAAUUAUCAGCAUUUUAGUGGUCACCCGAUGGUGCAUUUCAAAAUUCCUUGUGAAAUACUUGGCAGAGACCUUAGAUAUGCCGACGUUACAAUGGAUAGAAUCAAACAAAUGUUUAGUGAUGACAAACACAGUGGGAUAAGAUGUGAUGGCUGUCGAAGACAAAAUUUUAAGGGAUUACGAUUCAAAUGUGAUGCAUGUCAUAAUUAUAAUUUAUGUCAACAGUGUUUGGAUCGACGUGUAACAACAAUGAAACAUCAAUCCAAUCAUCCAAUGAUUGUUGUUUCAGAACAAGAUAUACUUGAGAUCGAUCUAAACGAUCUUGAAUUAAGUGACGUGGAAUUGGGACGAGGGGCAUUUGGAACCGUAUAUGAAGCUACAUGGGUCUCAAAGAAACUUCGUGUUGCCUGUAAAGUGUUUCGAGUUCGUAAGCAAGGCGGCAGUGGACUUUUACAAAGCUUUAAACGGGAACUGAACGCAUAUCGAGAAGUAUCUGGUGCAUAUAUAUUGAAGAUUUACGGUUAUGCGGUCGAGACCAUAUCUAGACUCGAAGAUAAAUGCUAUCUAGUUAUGGAAUAUAUGGCUAAAGGAAGCUUGGCAUGUAUGAUGGAAAAAGAAAAAAUAUCUUAUUUCCGGAAAGUUAAAUAUGCUUUGCAUGUAGCAAGAGGAAUGCAUAAAUUGCAUCAACAUAAUUUGAUACAUCGCGAUAUUCGCCCGGCUAACAUUUUAGUAGACGAACAUCAGGUUGCUAAAAUUGGUGAUAUGGGCAUAACUCGUGAAGUUAGUGCAAAUCAUCAACAUACUAUGGUAGGUUAUAACCCCUAUAUGCCACCUGAAUUUUACUUGGGACGCUACAGUCAGAAACUGGACGUCUACACAUUUGGAUUGACCUUAAAUGAAUUCUUCACAGAAGCAAAUGCACAACUUGACAUAACCGGUUCAACUGUUAAACUGCAAAAUCUCAGUCCAAUUCUAAAUGAUUUUAUUUUACGUUGUAUUAAUUACGAUCCAAACCAACGUCCAACCUCGUUUAUAUGUCAAAAAACGCUAGCAUUAUAUGUGAAAUGCUUUACGGAAACUAUUAAUAAGAAACAUCGUGACUAUGACAAAUCAUCAACAGAAAAAAGGAACAGUAUAUUCAAACAUUAUCAUGAGCGUAUCACUGCAAGAAUUAGAGAAGAAUUAAACUACGCAUGGUAA